AUGCUACCAGAGACUUAUCCUAAUCGUCUGCUAUUGCAGCGCGAUCUUGUUAUGGCUUACAAGAACAACGGGCAGACAAAAGAGGCUAUAGAGUUGCUCGAGCAUGUGGUACAGGUGGAGAAAACCAUAUUACCAGAGACUCGUCCUGAUCGACUAGCAUCUCAGCGCGGCCUUGCUACCGUAUACUGGGACAACGGGCAGAUCAAAGAGGCUAUAGAUUUGAUAGAGCAUGUCGUCAAGGUUCAGUCUAGGCUACCAGAGACUAAUUCUAGUCAGAUAGCAUCGCAUUAUGCCCUUGCUGUCGUUUAA